AUGUCGAAACAACCAGUUUCCAAUGUCAGAGCCAUCCAGGCAAAUAUUAAUAUACCAAUGGGGGCCUUUAGACCAGGAGCCGGACAACCCCCAAGAAGAAAAGAAAGUACUCCAGAAACAGAGGAGGGAGCUCCUCCCACCUCAGAAGAGGAGAAGAAACCAAUUCCGGGAGCGAAGAAGCUUCCUGGACCUGCAGUCAACCUAUCAGAGAUUCAGAAUAUUAAGAGUGAACUGAAGUAUGUCCCGAAAGCUGAACAGUAAUUAGAAGAA